AUGACUCAACACGAGAAAACAAUUUGUGUGUUUUGUGGCUCCUCCUAUGGUAAUAGUGAACUAUAUGCCAAGUUGGCAUACGAAUUAGGUGUCAAGCUGGCUGAGAAGCGCUACGGAAUCGUCUACGGUGGAGGCACCACUGGGUUGAUGGGAGCAGUGGCAAACGGUUGUGCUUCUAACGGCGGCUACGUACAUGGAGUAAUCCCCGAGGCACUCAUUACUAGAGAAAGAAUUGAUUCAAAGCAAUUUAACGAGUCAAUAAAGAGCACAGUGGACAAUCACACUGGCGUAACUCCUAUUCCAGAAGAAAAAGAAUACGGGAAAACAACCAUUGUCAAGGAUAUGCACACACGUAAGCGCUUGAUGUCAACAGAGGCCAACGCGUUUAUCGCUCUCCCUGGAGGUUAUGGAACUCUGGAGGAGCUUAUGGAGAUUGUUACCUGGUCGCAAUUAGGUAUUCACGAUCAACCAAUUGUGUUAUUCAACAUUGAUGGAUUCUACGAUGGGUUCAUUGAAUUCAUCAAGACAGCUAUACAAUCAGGAUUUAUUUCUGAGCGCAAUGGAGACAUCAUUGUUGUGGCAAAUACAAUAGACGAAGUGUUGGUGGGCAUUGAUGAUUAUAAGGUUCCGGAAGGACGUUUCAAGCUAAAAUGGAACGACGAAUGCGGUGAAGCUCACUAA